UUGGGAAUGUCCUCGAAAUUCAUUUAUUUACAAAAUUUAAUUCAACGGGUCCUCUUUUCUUUAAAUUAUUCUAAAAAAUUUUACUUUAUUUUAAUCAUUUUUUCUUCAAUUUUACAACAAAUUUUGUCUGCCAGUACUAUUUCAAUGCCAGAAUUGAGGCUUUAUAAUAUUCGAAGACAAGAAUAUGAUAGUUAG